AUGCCGAGCGAUGCUCAGAAUGGGGGGAAGGACCAGGGGAAAGGGUCUCAAAUGACCCCAUUCGUUAUUCCGUACCUGUCCGAAAGGGUUCCGAUUGGUUGUUCCCUCCGCUUUGGUGUUGUAGUGGCAUUUUGGAAACAUGGCCUUGAGCUUGAGUAGCUGGUGGUGGACCGUGGGAGAGAGGAGCGGGCAACUGGAUCCGAAGCAGAAGCUCAAGCUCUCUGGCUUGGGUCAUUGCAUGCUCUUUGCGCUGUGUUUCUCGCGAUGUGCCAGUGGCAGUACCGGUGUCAGUGCCAGCUGGUUUUGGUGCGGAUGCGGAUGGUGAUGCUAGUGCUGGUGCUGGUGCUGGUGCUGGUGCCCAAUGUUGUUGUUGUUGUACUUGUACGAGUAUGAGCAUGACCUGUGAGUAUACAAGUACCCGUACCUUUACCAAGUGCUCCAUUCUCGACUCUCGACUCUCCCGUCUGUAGGUUACCAGUUGGUGAGCAGUGAGCAGCUGGACAGUCCCCAUACAAUCCGCGAGUAGGAGUCCCCAGGAAAGUAGCCAGUAGGAUACCCAGGAAAAGUACCUAGUUGGAUAGCCAGUAGGACACCCAGUUGGAUACCGUGGAUACCCAGUAGGACACCCAAUAGGAUACCCAAGAGGAAUACCCAGCCAGUACUCGAGUACUUGUAGGGCCCGCUACGAAGCAGAACCACAGCCAACGGGACGAACAGAACAAGACCACCCACCACCCACUAGUCACUCUCCCACUCCCGCUCCCCCAACCUAGUCCGUCGUGCCUGCCUCUGCCUGCGCCUGCGCCUGCCAUUAUUGCCAUUGCCAUUGACAUUGCAUUGCUCCCAAAACCAAAUAUUUACCCCAAAGGGAUUCCUGUCUCUCCUCCAGCUAGAUCCUCGCUCUCACUACCACUAAUACUGCCUCACUGCCUCCUGCACUGCACUGCGCUGCUCGCACCUCAAUCCCUCCACUAGAACUACACACUACCUAGACCACUAGACUUCUGCCACAUCCACAUCCACCACUCAUCACCCACCACUCACCACCACCCAUCCAAGUCUACAAGCCCAUGGGUUGGCGCAGUGCGACAGAGACCUCAACGUCGCGCUCGAUCUUCAGGGCCUGGUAGCGUUGCCGACCAUCUCAGAAGGAAUUUUUUUCUGCUUCUGCUCCUGCAACCCGCCAAUCUGGGCCUUGUUCUUGCUUCCGCUUCAGCAUCCAGACCGGAGUCUAGAAUCUACAUUUCGUCGCCGCAUUUCCAUACCCCAUACCCCCCCCCAUACAGUCCCUGCGAAUACUCGUACACACUACACAUACCCCUCCUCCCCCGGGUCCAGAGAGGCCCUAAUCGCCAAUAUUCCUCCCCCGCAGUCUCUCGCUGCGAUCCUCUCGCCCUCUGCUCCCCAAGAAGAAUCAACCGGUUCCAAUUCUCGCGCCUCAACUCCCAAACGAUCACACGCCGAAGCCUUCUCUCCUGAACCACUCCCCUAUCUUCACCCCGCUUCGCCUACCCAAUCCCAACCUCGCGCCAGCAUUGCUUCACGAGGUGCGCCGAGCCCUUCCGCAAGGGAAGCAGAUGAUGGAAACGGGGGGGCAAGGGGCAGCUUGGAGGAGAAGAAGCCUGCCAAAAUGGUAAGGUCAAGCAUUGCCUGUACGAAGUGUCGGCGCAGCAAGGUCAAAUGUAAGUGGCAUUCUUCACCGGCUGCGAUCCGCUUAGGCCAUGGCAUAUAUAGGCACUACGUAUAUGCUAUGGGAGUGAAUGCGCCUGAUGCUUGUGCUAACCCUGCUCCCUUCCUAGGUAUCAAUGAGGGAACCAAUUCAGUCUGCAAAGCUUGUCAUUUGAGCGGCAGGGAAUGUUCCUACCCAACUCCAGGUGUGGCAACGACGCCCAAACGAAGUGAGGCCCCCCCAGGUAUCAAACAGGAAGACGGCGAGAGCAAAAAGCGGGUAAGGAAACUUGAGGACACCGGACGGAGAAAUAGCAAUCGAUCGGUGGAGGAUGUUUUGGACUCGUCCAUUCUGACCAGAAAGGUCUGGGACGAGUUGUUUGAACUAUUCAAGCUUCACUUCUUGACCGAGAUGCCAUUCCUGCAUCCCCCGACCUUUAGAAAUCGUAUGCGUCAAGCUGCAUAUCCAAGAGACCCGUCCAUAACAUAUACAAACUCCGAAGAAGUGAAACUUCUCCUUCUGGGCGUCUUGACUCUCACGGCCCGUUUCCAUACGGAGCUCAUAAACCACCACUCUCCAACCGGCGACCCAAUUGUUGCAAGCGAAGUUUACUAUAGCGCUCUCUAUGCAGCUCUUCAUCGAGAUGGGAACGGCACCAGGGCGUCAGUCGAGGUAAUACAAGCUUGGUUGAUGAUGACUCUCUACGAGUGGGGUCAGUUGAAAGACGGAGGAACCACGGCCUGGGUUCAUCUGGCAAUCCCCUUUAGAUUGGCGCAAUCGAUGGAGCUUCAUUACGAAGACGACGCUGGACCCAAUUGUCACGCAUACCCGCCAAUUAAAGAGCCAAGGAAUCGAACACCUGAGCAGAUUCUUACCGAAAAGGAGGUUCGGCGUAGAACUUGGUGGAGCUUAUUCAUUAUGGAUAGAAUGUUGUCAGCUGGGAAAAGGAGAAUACCAAUGAUACCUAUCAACGAAAUGCGCAUCCAGCUCCCUUGUUCAGAGGAUCAAUUUUUAUUCAUCAAGAAAGUUGACACCGGCCAUUUGCAACCAGAUUGGGAAAGACCAAAUCUUUCUGUCAAUGACGAUGGAAUUCUGGGGUGGUAUAUUCGCUUGGUUGAGAUUUUUGGUCGCUUUACGAGGUGGAGUUAUGCUGGUGGCAGGAGAACGGAAACCCUUCCUCCUUGGGACCCAUCCACUUCAUUUUACAGGCUCCGAAAUGAUCUGGAAGACUUUGCCCGCGCAUUACCAUCGAAUCUUGCAUUUACAAAGGCAAAUCUGUGUGCUCAUAUUGAAAAGCGUAACUCAACUCCUUAUACUUUGAUGCAUACCUUAUACUGUUUAUGUUUGAUUAUGCUUCACAGAGAGUUUAUACCGUUUAUACCUCUAAAAUCAAACAACCCAUCUGGCCCGAUUGACGAACCAACUUUUCCUCCACACAGGUUCAAGACACCAGAAGGCUUUUGGGAAACUAGUGCAGAGAUUAUGUUGACAGCGGCCAAGGACAUGAUCGAUAUUGUUCGAAUAUGCCAUGACGAUAAUGUGCUUCCAGAAUCUCCUCAAAUUGCAUUUGCAAUAUGGCAGGCUGCCUUUGUCUGCGUCUACGCCAAAUGUUUCCCACAGAUGGACACGAAGCGCAUCGUAGGCUUGGAGCAAGGUUAUGAUUCUACCGAAAUUAUGUCUUCCGCAAUCAAUGCGAUGGUACCAAGGCUAGAAAUGGCGAAAAGGCACCAGGCGACUUUUGUGAAGGUUCACAAAUUCUUUGCCAAAGCUAUCAAAGAUUCGCAAAGCCUCAAUACUCCGGGUUUCAGUGGUGGUGGAGGCGAUCAAUACAAGACCUUUGAAAGACCUUUGAAAGAAUUUGGGGGUAUUGGAAAUCUCAGAGAAGAGGAAGGUCGAUCCCGCGCAAGCACGACGGACAUUGGCGUCGGGGCUAAUGGAGAAGUGAUGUCAACCCCCGAUUCGACACCCAGAUCACAUACUGCUUGGGCUGCCAUUAAUACUCAAAGUCCCGAUUGCGGUGCAGAGGAGCGUGCAAGAUUUCCCCCACAACCGUCGGCAUAUCCAUAUAGUAAUGUAUUUCCUCAGCCAAUAGCGCAAAAUCAAGCCCGUACACCUAGUCUCAUCAAUGGAGAUUCCAGCUCCAGUCUCAGCUCACCUCAUCCAAGCACCCAAACACCACAAUACUAUCCUCAAUCUCUACCUCAUCAACUUAUUAAUGGUACUACUACUUAUGCUCCACUUUCCCAAAACGCCAUGGUUCACAUGGCCCCUCCACAUCAGCCACAGUAUCAAGCGAUACCUCCUGGAGAUAUAGACGAUUAUCUCAAAAUGCAUUGGCCCCCGGUGGAUUUCGAAGGCAACAUGGAGUUUAUGAUGAACCAACAGGUCUCAAAUUACAAUCCUAACAUACCAGUCACAGCACCAGCUGAGUAUGAGCAGUCCUAAGAUGAACGUUUUCAUUUGGAGUUUCUUCUGGCGUUAGAUGAAUGAAACUCAACUCCUGUUUCUUUUCGGGGUUUUUUUUCUUAAGGGCGGGAUGGAGUUUUUUUUUUCUUCCAGCAAUUUCAACGGAUUUUUGAUGGGAGGACGGUGUCUAUUCGUAUCAUGAUUCUUCUUCUUCUUCUUCUCCUCCUCUUCUUUUACCAUUUAUGUUGAGAAGGUGGCAUUUUGGGAUGGUGGGAAUCGUACUUUUAAAAGGAUGAGGAAUUGAAGAUGACAUACAUGUAUUUUCUUUUCCUUUUUUACUUUCUCAAAGACAUGGAUAUAACGGGGGAUGACUUCAGUCUCGUAACCUAACCUUAUUAGCUUUUUUUUCCCUUCGGAUAAUUUGAUCCAGUUCCUACUUGUGAUAUAUAUA